AGCAAGGGGAUAUCAAGGGACGUUCAGGCAGGGACCAUGGUGGACCGCGGCUCGGAGCGGGCUGAUGGGCGCAUCGUCAAGAUGGAGGGGGACUACAGCGCCAUGGUGGAUCAGCGACUGCCCGAGUGCGAGAAGUUGGCAAAGGAAGGAAGACUUCAAGAAGUCAUUGAAACCCUUCUCUCUUUGGAGAAACAGACCCACACUGCUUCUGAUAUGGUGUCUACAUCCCGCAUCUUAGUUGCAGUAGUGAAGAUGUGCUAUGAGGCUAAAGAAUGGGAUUUACUUAAUGAAAAUAUUAUUCUUUUGUCAAAAAGAUGGAGUCAGUUAAAACAAGCUGUUGCAAAAAUGGUUCAACAGUGCUGUACUUACAUUGAGGAAAUCACAGACCUUCCAGUCAAACUUCAAUUAAUUGAUACUCUACAAAUGGUUACAGAAGAAAAGAUUUAUGUUGAAAUUGAGCGUGCUUGACUGACUGAAACAUUAGCAACUAUAAAAGAGCAAAAUGGUGAUGUGAAAGAGGCCACCUCCAUUUUACAGGAGUUACAGGUGGAAACCAACCGGUCAAUGGAAAAGAAGGAGAGAGUGGAGUUUAUCUUGGAGCAAAUGAGGCUCUGCCCAGCUGUGAAGGAUUACAUUUGUACACAAAUCAUCAGCAAGAAAAUUAACACCAAGUUUUACCAGGAAGAAAAUACAGAGAAAUUAAAAUUGAAAUAUUAUAACUUAAUGAUUCAGCUGGAUCAACAUGAGGGAUCUUAUCUGUCUAUUUGUAAGCACUACAGAGCAAUAUAUGGUACUCCCUCUAUACAGGCAGAAAGCGAAAAGUGGCGACAGGCUCUGAAAAUUAUCCUCUAUGUGAUUUUGGCUCCUUUUGACAACGAACAGUCAGAUUUGGUUCACCGAAUAAGUGGUGACAAGAAGUUAGAAGAAAUUCCUAAAUACAAGGAUCUUUUAAAGCUUUUUACCACAAUGGAGCUGAUGCGUUGGUCCACACUUGUUGAAGACUAUGGAAUAAAAAAAAGAAAAGUGUCUCUUGAGAGUCCGGCAACUGAUGUUUUUGGUUCUAUAGAGGAAGGUGAAAGAAGGUGGAAAGACUUGAAGAACAGAGUUGUUGGACAUAAUAUUAGAGUAAUGACCAAGUAUUACACGAGGAUAACAAUGAAGAGGAUGGCUCAGCUUCUCAAUCUGUCUGUUGAUGAGUCAGAAGCUUUUCUUUCUAAUCUAGUAGUUAACAAGACCAUCUUUGCUAAAGUAGACAGGUUGGCAGGAAUUAUCGACUUCCAGAGACCCAAGGAUCCAAAUAAUUUAUUAAAUGACUGGUCUCAGAAACUGAACUCACUGAUGUCUCUCGUUAACAAAACUACACACCUCAUAGCCAAAGAGGAGAUGAUACAUAAUCUACAAUAAGGGUCUCAACGCCCCUAGUGUUUUUAGAAAAGAGUUAAAAUUGGAAGUCAUAAAAAAAAAAAAAAGACUGCUAUGGUGUAAAUGUUGGGGGUUUUUUUUCUACAUUCUCAGCUCCUUUGUCUAAAAUUUAAAAGAUAGUGAAUAUGUUUAAGGUCCCUUUCGACCUUUCAGCUCCCUGAUUUUAUCAUUAACUUUGCAUUUGCAAUUGGUGAAAAAAAAAUACAUUUCUAUUGUCUACG